AUGAUUUUCCAAUUCAGGUUUCAAUUUAUUUUCCCAAUUUUCGAUCUCAUUAUAGCCGUAGACAGAUCGGAUCAGCUUGGCCGCAAAUGCCGAACUCCUUCCCCAACCGAAUGGUUCAACAAAGCAGAGGCCUCUGGACAGAUGCCAGCUUCUCACAGCACUCCUCACCAGACACUAGCGCAACUCCUUUCUUUCUCUAGUGUCUGUUUCUCUCUACACAUCCUCGAUGUAGCCAAGCUAACUUCAGCAAAACUUUCUAAAGAACUUUCCUAG